AAAAACUACAAGAAAUCCCAAAAUGCUCGUCGGAGAUUUCUAAGUAAAACCCUAGCUACAAGAAAGCCACUUUAAUCUUUUUUUUUCCAUAAUAUUAUAAUACUCAUCGCUCGUGUGUGUAUCCUCCUUCUCUUCACUCUGAUCUGAGAUUUCUCCACCUUCUCAUCUUCCAAGAGAGAUGUCACUCGAAUCAAAUGCUCCUUUGGCGGAUCCACACAUUGUUGGCAAUGCGUUUGUUCAGAAAUACUACAACCACUUGUAUGAAUCACCAGCACAAGUUCAUCGCUUCUAUCUUGAGGAUAGUGUCUUAGGCCGACCUGGUUCUGAUGGAGAGAUGGUUUCUGUCAACUCGUUAAAAGCUAUUAAUGAGAAGAUCAUGUCCUUUGAUUACGAGAACACAAAGAUUCAGAUUUUGACUGCUGAUUCUCAAGCUUCUUACAAGAGUGGAGUUGUGACUUUGGUCACUGGUUUACUCACCGUGAAAGAUGGGGAAAGGAUGAGAUUUUCUCAGUCUUUUUUCCUCGUGCCGCAGAAAGGAAGUUACUUUGUGCUGAAUGAUGUCUUUAGGUAUGUCUCUGAUGAGCUUGUUGAACCAGAAGGUGACAGGAAGGAGGUCGAGGAGGUGGUUCCUCAAGUAGUUCAAACAACGGAGACUAUCUUAGAGCCGCUGGCAAAUGAAGUUGCAGAGCCAGUUUCCAUCCCUUCUCAAGAAUCUGUGGUGAAACAGACAAAUGAAGUUGUUGUGGUGAAGGAACCAGAAAGAGCUAUAGCAAAUGGACAUCCCAAGACACAUGAGGAAAAAGUCAGCAACGGUGUGGAUGCUCCCAAGAAGUCCUUUGCAGUGAUUGUACAAUCACCGGCUAAACCUGGUGCUACAUUCAAUGUCAAAGCUUCUCCUGCAAAGCCUAAGCCUGUUAGAAAGCUGAGUACUGCUCCUGAAUCCAAAGCUCCUGCACCUGUUCCCGAAAUCGACCAAUCAGAGGGUGGUUCUAUAUUUGUUGCGAACUUGCCUAUGGAUGCGACACCAGAGCAGCUCAAUGAAACAUUCAAAGGUUUUGGUGCUAUUAAGAAAGAUGCUAUCCAAGUUAGAAGUUACAGGCUAAAGGGAAACUGUUUUGGAUUUGUGACAUUCGAGUCUGCUGAAGCUGUGAAACUGGUCCUCCAGGCUCACAAGGAGUCAGCCAUAAGAAUCGGAAACAGAAGAGUUUCUAUUGAAGAGAAACGAGGCAACAACGAGAGUGGCAGACCCUCAAUGAAAAACGGAGGUUAUAGGAGUGAGAACGGUGGUUACAGAAACGACGGGUUUAGGCCUCGGGGAAACGGUUUCAACGGAGGAGGACGAGGCCAUGGAAGAAAUGGAUAUGAGAGAAGAGGUGAAUCAGGCAAUGGUGAGGCCAAUAAUAAUGGUGAUGGCAGCAGAGCUUAUCAGAAUACUUUGGUGAAAGCUAGCCGUGAAAAUGCUCAAGCCAGAGGCUAAAGAGAGUUUUAAAACUCUGUUGUUGUUGUUGCAUUGUUCAUUUGAAAUUGAGAAUCUGAAAGUCUUAUAUGAGAAGAGAGGGAGAGAUUAGAAGUUUUGUUGGAGUUGGUCUCAUCUCUUAGGCUAUACUCCUUUCAUUUGAGAUGAUAAUUUUUAAAAAAAUAUGAUUCUGAU